UUUUCUCCUCCAUCGCCACCUCCGCCCUCUUGUCUCCUUCCCCUUCUCCUCCGCGUCCCCCUUUCACCCGAUCAGUUUCUAGAGAUGGUGGAGGAGAAGCAGGAUCUAUCCCUCCUCGACAGUAACCUCCUCUCGCAUGCACCAAGCGUCGAGUUCACCCUCGAGCUCUUCCUGGAGAUGGUGGAGGAGAAGCAGGAUCUAUCCCUCCUGCUAGACAGCAACCUCCUUUCGCACGCACCAAGUGUGGAAUUUGCUCUCGAGCUCGUCCCCCUCAUUGCCGAGUGCCUUAAAAAGGACCCGGCGGAUCGCCCACCGAUGGAUAGCAUUGCAGAGUUUCUUGGGAUACUGGACGACCGCAGCAGGGGCAUCGGCAAUUCACUCGGCCUUGCGGGAGAGGGAGAGGAGAGGGAGGAGGCCGGCGCUUCUGCUGCCACUGCUGCUGCAGCGUCACCGUUGGCCCGUGCUGCCAUGGAAGGGGACUGGGAGGUGCUGCAUCGGAGGCUGGUCACUGUGUCAUUCACACCGCCACAGGAGCCAUCGUUUGAGGUGUGGAAUGCCGAAAUACAGGAUCUAGUGUCGUCAAGGCAGAGGGGAGACAAGGCGUUCAAGAGCCAGCAGUGGGAGGAGGCCAUUGCUCUCUACACCAAGUUCCUCAAGUGUGACUCGCCCCCGAUCCCCGUGCUGUUUGCGCGGCGUUGCUUGUCGCAUCUGCAACUGGGGCACUGGGAGGAAGCUUACCAGGACGCCCUACAGGCCCAGCAGUCCAAACCCCCGUGGCCUGAGGCAACCUACCUAGUAGCUGCUGCACUGAUUCGAUUGGGAAGAGCUGACGAGGGGCAGGAGAUGAUUGCUGCGGGCCCCAACCCAACUCUCGAGCGAACAUCGGGGCGCGAUAGUCACUCAGAGCUCAACAACGCCGCCUCAUCUUCCCUGCCUCCUCGCAUCGUGGCUCCGCAGGAAACGCCGAUUGCGGUGCAGCGUCGUUGGCCAUCCGCGCAAUAUCUCUUCCCCGCCAUCCCCGCGCCCCCUCCCCCGAACUCUUCCGCCGAUGCUUCCACCGCAGCUGCCUCCGCUUCACUCUUCCAAAACUGGCAACGCAAUAACGGGGCGGACGAUAACGAGGACGCGCUACCAGUGGUGACUAUAGCGGGGCCUCGACUAUGGGAAGUGCCCGGACGGCAACCAGAGAAACCCGCUAAACUAUCUGCCACGUCAGCAGCUACAACCUCUGCCACGUCAGCGGCUACAACCGCCGCUGCUGAUACAGCAGCGUCAGGUUCGUCGGGGUCCACUAGACGACCCAGUGGCGAGGAACUAUAUAUCGUGUAUUUCAGAAACGUGCCGUCCGUUAUAGACUAUAAGGGCGGCAUCCCCGGUUUCGGUUUUUCCCCUCCCCAACACCCCGAAACAGCUACCCACUAUGUGUUGACCGGAAUGAGCGUGAAACUGACGCCCACAGAAGCCCACCGCUUGCAGCGGCACUCCCUUUCCCCGUCCCCCUCUCUCAUUCCAUUCCCCGCCUAUCUUCCUUCUCCCCACAGCUACCGCUACGUGCUGAACGGAGUGAGCGUCGAGCUGACCCGCUCAGAGGCCCACCGCUUGCAGCGGCACGAGUCGGUGCUGAAAGUGGAGCGAUGCCAAACGGUCUCUGUUCAGACCAUCCACACGCCGCAGUUCCUGCAGAUGCCCUCGCGACCAGCGGCCCUCUCACCCUUGCUUCCUUUCCCCCAACGUGCUGCCACCCUCCUCCCUCCCCCCCAAAACAGCUACCGCUACGUGUUAAACGGAGUGAGUGUCAAGCUGACCCGUUCAGAGGCCCAUCGCUUGCAGCGACACGAGUCAGUUCUCAAGGUGGAAAGAUCCCAAACGGUCUCUGUUCAGACCAUCCACACGCCGCAGUUCCUGCAGCUGCCCUCUCGCGUGUGGCCGAGCGUGGGCGGGAGGACCAAGGCGGGCAACGGCAUGAUCAUUGGGAUCGUGGAUACGGGCAUCUGGCCUGAACACCCCAGCUUCAGCGACAAGGGCUACCCCCCCGUGCCUCCCCGCUGGCGUGGCAAGUGCACGACCACGAGCGACUUCAAGGGCUGCAGCAAGAAGAUCAUUGGCGCACGCUACUUUGCCGAGGGGCUCGUGGCGUCUGGUGGGGUUGUGGACCCCUCCACAGAAUAUCUCUCUCCCAGGGACGCCAGUGACCACGGCACGUGGUGUGCGGGGGCCGCAGCAGGCAACCCGGUGAAAGUAUCCGGAGGAGGGGUGCAGUUCGGUACAGCGAGUGGCAUGGCACCCAGAGCACGGAUAGCAGUCUACAAGGCCAUCUGGGUGCAGGGCAAGCUGGCCGUUGGAUCGGACUCGGACGUGUUUGCAGCCGUUGAUCGCGCGGUGGCGGACGGUGUGGAUGUGCUGAGCAUGUCAGUGGCAAUCAACGAGGAGACCUACUUCAAGCACCUGGCGAUGUUAAGGGCUGCUAGGGCAGGGGUGUUUGUGUCACUGGUAGCGGGCAACAGCGGGCCUCCCCCAGCAAGCCCCAAGCUCUAUCGCACGCUCACCAACCUCUCGCCUUACUACAUAACUGUUGCAGCCAGCACGUCCAGCCAAGCCUGGCCGCCCCAAGCCCGGCUGUCGCUGGGCAACAGGCAGAGCUACCUGGGGGAGACACUCCUGGGCGGCAGCACUGCCACGCGCCGCCUGCCUCUGGUGGAUGGCAAGACAGCCGCGGCUGCCGGGUACACGGCUUCUCAAGCCGAAGCCUGCGUGCCCUACUCCCUCUCUCCUUCCAAGGUGCGAGGCAAGAUCGUGGUGUGCUGCACGGGAUUCUCCUACGCGAGUGAGAAGGCAGCAGAGGUGGCGAGGGUGGGCGGGCGGGCGAUCAUUGUGGUGCCAUAUGCGAAUGGGGAGGGCGCAGUGAAGGCCGUGGCCUUGGGAUUGCCAGGGCUGUUCCCUGUGUUCUGGAAGGGCAAGGCCAUUCGCGAGUAUAUUCGCAGCACCCCCAAUCCCACCGCAACCCUCUCGGCGCUCUUCCUACCCAAGCAGGUGGCUCCCGAAAUGGCCGUCUUUUCAGGCGCAGGUCCCUCCGUCAAUCCCGCUGCAGGCUUCUACGACAGCAGCAAGGUCACCAACGCCAUCUUAAAGCCCGACAUCACCGCGCCGGGCGUCUCUCUCCUCGGACCCAUGGCCGCGGGGAGCGUAGAAACGGGAGCGGAGAAACGGGCGAGCGGAGAAACGGGCGAGCGGAGAAACAGCGACCGGAGAAACGGGCGAGCGGAGAAACGAGCGAGCGGAGAAACAGGAGCGGAGAAACGGGUGAGGCGCUUGGACUUUCAACGAACAGCAGGCGAACGGAGGGGCAGACGAGCAGGGCAGGAGGUGAGCGGAGCAGCAGACGAGCGGAGCAGCAGACGAGCGGAGCAGCAGACGAGCGGAGCAGCAGGCGAGCGGAUCAGCAGGCGAGCGGAGCAGCAGGCGAGCGGAGCAGCAGGCGAGCGGGGCAACAGGCAAGCGGAGCAACAGGAGAGGCUCUUUUCGGUUAUGGAUGCUAGUACUCACGAAACCUCCCCUGUUGAAGCACGAGCGCCAGCAGCAGCUUCGUCGGCCGCGUCAAUGGCGGCUUCCGCCGUUUCCUCCUUGAGCGCCGGCGCCUCCGACUCUUCCGCCGCAUCUACCGCCGCUAUUUCAAUCGAGGAGUCGCCUCACGGUCGAACCGCGUCCCCGUGCGCCGCGUGCAAGUUCCUUCGGCGGAAAUGCACGGCGGAGUGCGUUUUCGCGCCGUACUUCCCGCCGGACCAGCCGGGGCGAUUCGCGAACGUUCACCGCGUGUUCGGCGCGAGUAACGUCACGCGGAUCCUGGCGGAGCUUCCGCCGGAGCUGCGCGGAGACGCGGCGAAUAGCAUGGCGUACGAGGCGGAGGCGCGAGUUCAGGACCCGGUGUACGGCUGCGUGAGCGCGAUUUCGUUACUGCAGCAGCACGUCGUUCAUCUGCAAACGGAGCUGCUUGUAGCGCAGCAGGAGCUUUCGGGGCUGCAGCGCGAGCUAGAAGCUUCCGCGCAGGCAGCGCAGGCGCAAGCAUCACAGGCGCAGGGGCAGGCGCUUCACCUUUCCGCUGCAGCUGUUCCUGCGCCAGCCCAGACACCUGUACCAACCACUGCCGCCAAUCCCCCCCCCGAGUCAGCCAUGACCCAAGAGCCUCCCGCAUAUCCCCCAACCCACACAACCGCAACCAACCCCCUCUCUUUCCCCACUGACCCCUCUGCCCUCUCUGCCCCCGCUGUCCCCACUGCCCCCACUGCUGUCCCUUCUGCCCCCUUCGCCACUGCUCCCUCUUUUGCGGUCCCCGCUGCUGCUGCUGCUGCCGCUGCCCCUUCUGUAGCAUGCGCAUCCCAAGCAGCGGCAGCAGGAGCCGCAGCGGCAGCAUCAGCUCCAGACGCCUCUGUUCCACCUCCAUUGCUGCUGAACUCUGUAACAGGUGCUGUGGAAGGAGGUGCUGGUGUGCCGCUAAUGCAUGCCUCGUUUGAGUCUCAAACGCCCUCGCCUGCUGGUACUGCAAUUGUGACCUCAUUACAAGCUGCUCCUGUUGCUGCAUUGCAGCCUGCCCCUGUCUCUGUGCUGUAA